AUGAGUGAAAAUCAUCUUUCUAUUUCCCUUCAUGAAACAAAUGAAUCUAUUCAUUCAAGACAAAACGAAAAGUUAGAGUCAUAUCAAAGCCAACAAGAAAAAGAUUCAAGAUCAGAAUCAGACGAUAGUUUACCAGCUCCAAAAACACAGGCAAGUAAUGCAUCAAACAGUGAAGAAAAAAUUGAAAUGGAAAAAUUAAAGUUUACAGAAAAAGAUGUUGUUGGUUCAGUUCAAAGAAGUGAUGAUACUUCACCAAUUGAUUUUGGAAGGUUAGUUCAUCCAGCACUAUUAUCAGCUUCAUUUGGAAAUUCACCAGUUCCAAGAAGAAAAAGUCCAGGAGAAGAAACAACAGAAUUAAUAGAUAAAAAACAAAUGGUUAAAAGUUAUUUUAAAAAAGGAUUUUCGAAAUUAUUUUUACCACUUGGAUUUAGUGGAGUAUUAAGUAUUAUAUUUAUUGUUAUGUACUGUUGUGAUUGGAAAGAUAAUUAUCCAGGUCAGUUUUCAGCUAAAACAGCUAUAUUUUUAUUUGUAUUUGUUAUUAUGAUGUUUAUAUUAUUAUUAGAAAUAUGGCACGCAGGUAUUGUUUUAAUGACAGGCGUUGCUGUUUUAUUAUAUUGUAAGGUUAUUUCUACUUCACAAGCAUUUUCAGGAUUUUCAGAUUCAGGAACAAUGACUGUUUUAUGUGUUUGUAUUAUUUCUGAUGCAAUUAAUAGAACUGGUGGACUUGCUUUAAUAUGUAGUUAUAUUCUUCCUAAUAAAGAACAAAAAUGGAUUUGGCCAACUGCAAUUCGAUUUGUUCCAUUAUUUGCAUGUGCAAGUGUAUUUUUAAAUAAUACACCAAUUGUUGCAAUGGGAAUUUCUAUUAUUCUUGGAUUAUCUAAAACUACUAAAAUUCCAGCAUCUAAAUUAUUAAUGCCAAUGCAAAUUGCUGUUUGUGUAGGUGGAAUGUGUUCAUUAAUUGGAACAUCACCAAAUAUGGUUGCUAAAGGGUUAAUUGAUUCAGCAAUUAAUGCGUUAAACAAACAAGGAGUAAUUCAUAUUGAUUACGUAAUGUCACUAUUUGAAGUUGGAUAUGUUGGAUUUCCAUUAGCUUUAAUAGCAUGUAUUUAUCUUGUUUUUUCAAAUAAAUUUUUACUUCCAUCACAUGUUAAAACAGAAGUUAAACAACAACUUCAUACAUUUAUUGUUCCAAUUAAUGUUGUUGAACGAUCACCAUUAGUUGGUAAAGAAAUUAUGAAAACAGACUUAGGAAGAUUAUCUGGUGUUGCACUUCCACAAAUUUUAAGAGGAAAUAAAAUAAUUGAACCAAAUAGUGAAUUACAAGUUGGGGAUACAUUAUUUUAUGUUUGUGAACCAUCAUUAUUAAUUGAAUUAAUGAAUAUUAGAGGAAUUAAAUUUGAAGAUCCAACAGCUUGUAAUAUAUUAAAACAUACUUCAACAGAAAACUUAAGUCUUUAUGAAAUAUCAUUUACUGAAAAUUCGGAAUUUAAUCAAAGGAAUUUCCCGACAUAUUUUGAAGAUUGUAGAUUUGGAAUUUUAGGUAUUUCUAAUGAUGAUAAAAAUUUUAAUGCAGUAAAAGAACAACCAUUAUACUUUAUGCCUGUUACUUCUAAUUCAAGUUAUCUUAUUAUUACAGAAACUUCAUUUACUCGUUCUGAAAUUUAUCCAAGUCCUUUUAGAAUUGCAUACGAAUUACCUAUUAAAUUACCUUAUCAUUAUCCUUUAUGGAAAGCAAUGAUUGCUAUUACUUCAUUAUUAAUUCCAAUUAUAUUAGAUGUUUGUGGAUUUUAUAAAAUUAUUCAAUUCUCAUUUUUAUCUGUUGCUGCUUUAGUAUUAACUGGUGUUUUAACUGUUAAACAAGUAUAUAAUGCUGUUAGUGUAUCUUUAGUUUGUACUUUAGGUGCUUCUUUUGGUUUAUCUGCUGCAAUGCAAAAUACUAAUACUGGAUAUUUAAUUGCAAUGACUUUAAUUAAAUUAUUAACUCCAUUGGGAAGAAUUGGAAUUCUUUUUGGAAUUGGAAUUCCUACAAUGGUUUUAACUCAAGUUUUAAGUAAUAAUGCUACUAUUGCUGUUAUGUUUCCUGUUGUUUGGUCUGCUUAUCUUGGAAGUGAUCCAACAGGAUUAACAAGAGGAAAUGAUAUUGGUUUAAGAAGUGCAAUGGUUACUAUGAUGAUUUGUGCUAAUUCUUGCUUCUUUUUACCUUUUGGAUAUCAAACUAAUUUAAUGGUAAUGAAAGAUGGAGGAUAUAAAGUUAAACACUAUAUGAUUUAUGGUACAUUUUUAUCACUUCUUUACGUUAUUGGAAGUGCUCUUCUCUCAUAUGCUAUUUUUGAAAAGGCUUUAGACCCCAUUUAG